CCACCCCCCACCAAAGUCGAGGCCCGGGAUAUUUCUACAUGUGAUUUGGGACUAAAACGAAAUGGGAUGGUGGGUCCCUUCCAAAUCUAGAUAGUAAAAACGGACAUCCAUGCUUCACACUCCAAAGCCUUGGACAGCCAUCACAAAGACUGUUCUGAUUCUAACAAGUGUUUCAAUUCAAUGUUCCCAAUUACCCCCACUUCCUCUCUCUCUCUCUCUUUCUCUUCAACUCCCACUUCUUUUCGUUGUUUCGCCGCCUCCGAUCUUCCCUCCGGUCACGGCCCUACUUUCCUCAGGUGGCCCCACUUCCCCUUGGCUGCUGAUAUCAGCAUCCGAAUCGGUCAGGAGUCGUCCGAUGGACCCGUUAAUGGUGCUGGCAUUGGAAACGGCGGCGUUAAAGUGAAUGCCAAGGAGAAGAAAUGGUCGAGAAAUGGAGAGAGUUACUUGACUGAUGACAGUGAUCCCCUUCCUCUUCCCAUGACUUAUCCAGAUUCUUCUCCUGUUUCUCCUCAGGAGAUUGAGCAGCGCUUGCACUGUGACCCAGAAGUUCAGGAUUGUAAGGAAGUCGUCUAUGAAUGGACUGGAAAGUGUCGAAGUUGUCAAGGGUCAGGAUAUGUCAGCUACUAUAAUAAAAGAGGGAAAGAGACUGUCUGCAAAUGUGUACCUUGCCUUGGAAUUGGAUACGUGCAGAAGAUAACAGCACGCAAGAACAUUGAAGUAAUGGAGGAUCUAGAUAAUGGAAAACCGCCUUGACCUAAACUUCACUCUCAACUUUAACUCGGGAAUAUGAUUCAUUAGAACAGAGGAGUUGUAAUUUUUCCACCACCUCUCUCUCAAUAUUAUUGUUUUACAACUUAGUUCUACAUUUAUAGGCUUGAAAAUUAGGCUCCUAAACUGGAGAAUAAGAAAACACAGGCAAGUAACAUCUUGUAACCUCACCAAAGAGUGUAUUCUUUGCUUAAAAUUCUUUUCUGCA